GCUUCUCGAUUGCAGUGGACCAAUGAGGUGGCGACAUCACACCCGCCUUCUCGGCGCCUGAUUGGUCAGCUCUCUUUUUUUGCACAGGAAGUUCAUGGGUGUGUUUCCGAGUAGAGGGUCUAAAUUAUUACCGACGAACUUCACCAGCGACUCAGGUUAAGUCGGCGUUUGUUCAUGUCUAGGAUGGAGCUGCGGCCGCUUGUCAUGUGCUUUGCUCUCUGCGUGGUUUACGCUACCAGCAAACCCACAGAGAAGAAGGACCGUGUUCAUCACGAUGAACCUUUGAGCAACCUAGACCAUGACGAUGCUGAGAACUUCGACUACGACCAUGAAGCUUUUCUGGGUCAGGAAGAGGCCAAGACCUUUGACCAGCUCACACCUGAGGAGAGCAAAGAGAGACUUGGCAUGUUGGUAGACCGCAUAGAUGAAGACAAAGAUGGGUAUGUGACAGCUGAUGAGAUGAAGAGGUGGAUCAAGCAUGCACAGAAAAGGUGGAUCUAUGAUGACGUGGACCGCCAGUGGAAGAGUCAUGACCUUAACGGGGACGGGUUUGUGUCCUGGGAAGAGUACAAGAACGCCACAUACGGAUACAUCCUUGAUGAUCAGGAUCCCGACGACGGCUUCAGCUACAAACAGAUGAUGGCUCGAGAUGAGAGGAGAUUCAAGAUGGCCGACCAGGACAGUGACAUGAAAGCCAACAAAGAGGAGUUUACAGCCUUCCUUCACCCCGAGGAGUAUGAACACAUGAAAGAUAUUGUUGUGCUGGAAACCAUGGAAGACAUUGACAAAAAUGGCGAUGGAUUUAUUGAUCUGGAUGAAUACAUUGGGGACAUGUACAACCAGGAUGGCGAAACUACAGAACCGGAGUGGGUGAAGACUGAAAGGGAGCAAUUCACAGAAUUUAGAGACAAAAAUAAAGACGGGAAAAUGGACAAAGAGGAGACAAAAGACUGGAUCCUACCUAGUGACUACGACCACGCUGAGGCCGAGGCCAAGCAUCUGGUUUAUGAGUCAGAUGUAGACAAAGAUGGCCGUUUGACCAAGGCUGAAAUUGUGGACAAGUACGACCUGUUUGUUGGUAGCCAGGCAACCGACUUUGGAGAAGCUCUGACUCGGCACGACGAGUUCUAACGUCCACAUGCCUCCACAGACUGAGAGCUCACGUUGUGUUCCACCGGAGGACUCCAUCCACGCUGCAUGGAGAAUCCACGCAGGAUCAGCUUACCUAAAACCAGUGCCACGGACAAUAAUUUAUUUAAUUUUUCUUCUUUGAAUGUGUCCCAUUGUAUGCACACACUAACGUCCUACAAAAAAAAGUGUGGUCACUUUUAUUUCUGCCUUGGAUUGGGAUAAAACUCCAGUCUUUUCUCAUCUUCUGAGAUCGGGAAACAUUAUUUUGCAACAUUCCUCACAAGAGGUCUGUGCACAAAUUCUUCAUCAAACUAAGAAGCAUAAAUCUCAUACCUGGUUGUGUUCUUUUGUUUCCUCUUUGCCUCCAUGACACAGAAACAUUAGUUUCUGGUUGGUUUUGUUUGACUGAGUCUUCAUUGAUGUCAAUGCUGGAUGUUUUUAAGACCCUUAGAGCGGAGAACAGAUUCCAGUAGUGAUGAAGAGCGUUUGGCCCUGUGCAAUACAUUAUCAGCAGUUGUUUUAGGGUGACGAGCCCUUAAACACAAUAAGACGAACUGCGUGUCCUCCUAUAAGUAGUGUCUGAAGAAAUCAAACUGAAUUUAGGCAUUGGUCAUUUUCUGUUGGAUCGUUGUUGAAGUCCGACCUUACCAGCAAACUGUUCACGCCGCUGAUCCAAACCAGGACAAGCAUUAGCUCACAGAAGGAUGCUUUGUUCUCAGAGCUUCUUCCUUUGUUUUCCACAUCACCUCAAUAGUGUGUUUUGAGUGUAUAUAUGUUAUUUGGAUUUUUGGAAACAUAUUUUGUUUGUUUAGAUAUUUUUAUUUUUUAAUAGCUGAACUCACAUGUGUGCCAAGCAAAAAAAAAAAGCAGUUUGGAACAAAAAAGCAGCUCUACUCUCUUUGAACAUUAUAGUUUGUUAAAUAUAUUAUGUUUUUAUGAUUCCUAUGACAGAUUAUAACCACUGUUAAUGUAUGGUAGUAUGUUUUUACAAACCCAUUGCAACAACACACCUUUCACUUGUGACUCUACUGUAAAUAAGUGGUCUGCAGACUGAGCAUUCUUACAGUCAGGUUCACUUUUUGUGUUUGAGCACAGUGUCUCAAUAAAAUUUUUAAUGGUA